AUGAAGCUCGAGGACUUGUUCAUCGACUACCUGCGUGCUGGGGGGUCCUGGCUCGAGUCGACCUUGGUGGUUUCGACCACCACGUCGAAGUCCAAGGAGAUGCAGGCUGAGGAGGUGUUUGUCAAGUACAUGGACCUGAAGAAGAAGCACGGCGCUGUGACGGCGAAGAUGAUCCGCGAUGAGAAGAGACUGUUGCAAGACGAACUCGACAAGCGGAUCGCCGCCAUGCCUCACGAGGAGCCCCCGCUGCCUUACGUGUUUGCUCAUCCGGACCUUCCCGGAUCUGAGGACUGGGAGAUGAUCCGGGUGUUUGACACCGCGAAGGUUGUCGCGAAGGACAAGAGGACACAGGAGGCCCAGCUCUCCACGGGGCCCAUGGAGCUGGAUGGCCAGCAGACGGCCGUGCCAGCAGCCCUCGGCUACAGUGCUGGAUCCGCGAGCUCGAGUGGUUUGGCGCCUGCUGCUGGUCCAGUGGCGGCUCUACCGCAACCCCAAGGCCUCCGAUCCUUGGGCUCGAAGGAGUCCAUGGAGAAGGAGGCGGAGCAGCUGAAGAAGAUGCGAAAGCAGGGCAAAGGCGGCACAGCCGGGCAGGUGAGGACCAAGGCGAAGCAGGUGAGCGACAAGCUCACCGAAGCAGAUGAGUUGAUCCAGAAGGUGGUGGAGUGUGGGCACCUGUCCCAGCCGCUUCGCACGGGCUACUCGAAUGAGCUGUCGAUGCACAAGCAGACCCUUUCGGAGCACGUCGCUAAGCUGGAGGCUGACGACUUCGAGAAAGGCUCCGCCGAGGAGGUGCAGCAGGCUUUCGACGAGCUUACCGAGAAGAUCAAGGCCUACUCGGAUUCCGCUUCGAUGAUCAAGAAGAAAGUGGACCUCAGCUUGACGGGCGCGGUGGAGAUGCUCCGAGAGGGCCACAAGGAAGUAGCCUCUACGGGUGGCACAUUGGGCCGGCUGGCUGAACGGCUCAGACGAGCUGGGAAGCUACCGGUCAUCCUCCCCCACGAGCUGCUAUGCUAUCUACGAGAUGAGAAGAUUCCUGAGGGGGAGGUCAAUCUCGAUGCCGUCCGUACCUAUUGGCAGCAUUGCAAGCGAUACGUGGCUUGGGCGGGACAACACCCGGGGGCAGAUGAGAGUCAUUUUCCACUCUUUGUGAUACGGGAGGCCCCAGCCACUGCAAUCGCCCUGAGCUGUGGCUUCGACACGAUCCAAGCCUACCUUCGCCCUGUAGUGGCUUCGCUGAAUGCAUGCUUGAGCGGCUUCCACCCGGAGAAGCCAAUCCUCAAAAAGAAUGGGGAUUGUGAGUGGCCGGAUUGUGUGCCGAGUACCGAUCAUGAUCGACCGCUAGUGCUGAAGAACGGGCAGCCAGUUCGAUUUGCGAUGACAGAAUUGCGGGCGGACUGGAAGUUCCACAAGGAGAUGAUGGGGCUAUCCACGGGGUGGAGCAGCAAGUAUGUCUGUCACCAUUGCAUGGCAGACAAGGGUCUUUGGCCUGCAGACUCCAAGAAUGCACGGCUGAAAGCAGCCUAUGCUGCAUUCUGUGCCUGGCAUUCUCAGCCGGUCUUCCAGGCCAAGCAUCUGCGGUCGAAGAAUGGUUCCGAAGUGGAGCUGGCAGCAAAGGCGUACAAUGCCCGUGUUGUGACGAGCUGGUUGGCUGACUUUGUGGUGGACUUGCUGCAUGAAGAGCCCUACUGCAAUGAUGAGGUUCUUAUGCUGCUCGGACAAUGCAUGCACUUCCUUAGCGAGCUCAUGAAUAUCGUUGAAUCCUCACCGCGAUAUUUGGAUGACGAGCAAAUCGAUCGCAUGGGAUAUUGUCACAAUGCCGGCCUCACCGCCUACGGAAUGAACUAUCGCAUGUAUCAUACAUUUGCAUCGGAGGAUGCAAAUGGGGAGAUUGCGAAGAGUCGCAAUCUUGCUUCAGAGAAAGUCAAGGCACUCGGGCACCCUGGCCUGUCCGACACCUUUUGGACAUUUGCAAAGACUGUCCAGCUGCUCAAGGUCGAAAAAGUCCAGGAUGGUGAGGAACAGAACUUGAGGUACAACAACACCUUGUACAACAAGGCCUUACACCAGGCUGCCACAGCAGCUGUUGCAGUGCUGCGGGGUCCAUCCGGUCCCGUGGAGAAGGCUGCCCGGAGAUUGGAGCUGGAAUUUGGGCGGGGCAUCUUGAGCAGUCAGUACUCGAAGUUGAGCAAGCUGUUAUCGCUGACCAACAAGCUCGCAUCUGCUACCAGAAACGCUGUAGACCUGACGGCCUGGAUGAUCGACUCCUUGACGCUGGCCCUGCGCAUGAACAUGGUCACGCCAGCUAAAUGCACCGAGAAGUUUCUGGAUCGAGACCGGAAGACAGGCGAUGCUGGCUUUUGGUUGUCGCGCAUGCUGGUGGUGCAGGUCUUCGAUUAUGCAGCAAAGCUGGCGAACAAGUUGCCUGAGCCGGACAAGGUUAAGCUGACAGGGAUUUUGGCUGAACUCCGUUGCCCUUCCACAUGUUGGGAGAAAUAUCUCUGCCAUGCUGAUGCUGAUCAAGGGGCUGCUGGAGAGGACGACAUGGACGGCGAGGACCCAGAGGACGUGGAGCGCCCUGUUCCGCAGUCCAAGAUUGGAGCUGUUAAAGAGGGUUUCAACAAAGCCAUUGGCAUGCUUUUGGAUUUGCUGCUGGAGCUGAUGUCGGGGAAGUACUACAAGGAUUGCUGCAUGCUGGCUUCGAGUGAAGAUGGCCUUGCAAAGGCAUUGACAGCUGCACAGCUUGGAAGCUCGGAUGACACGGAGCACGAGGAGCCAUGUGCGCUUAUCACUCAGAUGAAGAUCAUUGUCGACAAGUUCGACAACAGCACGAAGUCCGUUGGUGCCACAUCUGCGGCUCCUGCUCCGAGUUUGCUCCAAAGCCUGGCCAAGGCUUCUGAAGCUGACACACCCGAGGAAUGUGUCGAGCGUGAGCGGCAGUGGAAGGCGGUGCAAACGGAACGCCGCAAGUUCGUGUCGUUCUCGGUACCGAACAAGAUCUCGAAGGACUGCCUAGUCAAUGCGUUCAGAGGUUGCGGCAAGGUCUUCACGCACAAGGGCACCUUAAACUCUUCGCACCGCCUGAUCGUUGCCAGUGCGGAUCUCUUGGCAGAGGCUGGUACCGGCCCGUGGCUCAAGGGCACUCCGCCAAGCGAGGAAUGGAAAGAGAUCUGUGCCUUUGCCAAAGACAUUUCUGGGCCCGAGGAUUUCGUUGUACUCUUCGACGGCAGAAUGCGGGAAAUUCGCCGCGUGUCCGAAGACCUCCUGCUGAACCAGCAGCACACCGAGGAGUGCACCAUCGUGUACUCAGGUGGGUGCCCGCCGAGAACUGGUCGCACUCGCCGCGUUCCGCUGGCUGCAAAGAAGGUGGAGACAGGAGCGGUUAAGUUCCCGGUCGCACGCACCAAGAUUCAGACGACGAAGAAAGGCUCCUUCACAGUCUGCGGCGAGGCUUCUACGUACCAAGGCACUUACUCAGGCGUGGAGUACCGUGCGGUUUCUGAAAUGCCCCUCGUGUCUGCAGACACCAAGAAGAAGAUCAUUGCUCCGGCAACAACCGGCGACCUCCCGACACCGCCAGAGGACUGGCAGGAUCGCCACGGCUCCGACGUACCCUUGUUCUGGAACGAGUCGAAGCCGAUAGCAUAUUGGAAUGCCAUCAUUGAGGAGUUUUGCGCGGAGGCAGUGUUUGACCUCACGGCUGGCACCGGUGCUCUGAUGGAGGCUUCUUUGACUGCCGGCAUCGCAUACCACGGGCUUUGCAGCCUCAACAAGGAGCACAUGUCGUGGGUCCAGGCGGUUGCUGAUCGCGCAGCUUGCGGAAUGAUGGCUUUGGAGGGAUCCACUCUUUACUCGGACGAGAAUGCCAAGGCGGUGAAGAAGCAUUUCCCGCACGUUCUGGAGAGCUUGUCCAACCAAGACGACCAGGACGAGGCCUACCAGACGCCUCUGGGGCAAAACCAGUCUCAAGACGGCUUCUCGUCGGAUGCCCCGGGGAGCUUGCGGAAGCAGGCUGUGAAAGACGGCUUGGUCCCCAAGGCUCGAAGGGCCUUCGUCAUCUGGUUCCAGGAAAACUCCGAAGUCAAGAAAGGCGCUCCCAAGCACGAGUUUCUCAAUGAGAUGAAGCAUCUUGGCGCAGUCUGGCAGGGCAUGACCGACAAGCAGAAGGCACCAUUCAUGGCGAGGAGCAAAGAUGAGUUCAUGGCUCAGCGAAGUGCACUGGCCGUUCUUGGCAUCAGGAUGCGGGGCUCCACGACCAGUGCGGGCGGCCCCGACGAGGCGAAGGACCCCCCUGCCGCUGACGAAUCUGGCGGUCGCGUUGGCCCAUUUGAGCUUAAUGGUGCAAGGGCUCCAAUUGGAGGCGGAGCCUAUGGCAGUGUCUACAGUUGCCAGCAUCCGCAAAGCGGCCUUAACGUGGCGGUGAAGGUUUAUCGUGGCUCCGAUGGCCCCGCGGAUUGCAGGCACGAAGUGGAGCAGAUGAAGCUUCUAAUGAAGGCCGUUCCGCAGCAGAAGAUGAUGUGGUUCCCGCUUCUUGUCAGCUCGGGUGUCACGGGCAGACCUUGGCCAUGGAUGGCUACUAGCCUAUGUGGGCCCAGCCUGGCAACCGCACUUCGAAAUCCUGCGGCGCAUGGCAAGCCGAGGACGUGGUCUGUGGCAGCUCAGCUGAGAAGUGCACUGCAGACCUUGCAUGACGCAGGCAUCCUACACUUGGAUGUGAAACCUGGCAAUGUUCUUUGGUGCCCUUGCACAGAUCAGGUGCAGGUGUGCGACUUCGGCAUGAGUGAGAACAUGGCACGGCUCCAGAAGGCUUCUCAGGCUCCCAGGUUCCUGCAGUAUGUCACGGCUGCCUAUCGACCUCCGGAGCUGUGGCCCGCUCGUGUGAAUGGCGAUGGAGACUGCGGUGUCAGAAAGCAGCUGCUGACUGCAGCUGUGGAUAUGUGGGCCUAUGCUUGCGUGGUGUUUGAGGUGGAGACCGGGAAUCCCUUCAUGCCCAAGGGGGAGGCCGGACUGAGAGCGUGGUGCAAGCAGUGGCCCGAGCUGUGGAAAACACGCAGCGACUUAGCCAAUUGCCCCGCUGCAAGUCACACGUGCUGCACAAAGGUGCUUCGAGCCGGUAAAUGGGGGCUGUUUGUGUUGGUCGGCUGUGCUCCAGACCCCGGAAAGCGGCGGUGGCCGGAGCUCUGUCUGAAUCAGAAAUGA